AUGGCCCUCAGUAUCCGGCAGAAGAGGGUGCGAAGAAUCUCCGGAGACCCAGUCGAUGGGGUUGUGGUGCAAGGCCCUGUGGAUGGUCUGGCUACUGGCACCCCACUCUAUAGUGUGGCGGUGCAAGGCACUAUAGAUGGAAGGACUACUUGUAGACCAAGGGGUUGGAGGUUUGGUACCUGGAAUGUAGGCACGUUGACAGGAAGAAGUUUGGAAGUGGUGGAGGAGCUGCAGAGGAGAAUGGUUGACGUGGCUGCAUUACAGGAGGUCAGAUGGAAGGGUGAGGGUACAAGGUUUGUGGGGGCUAAAGGUGGAAGAUAUAAGUUGUGGUGGAAGGGGGAUGAUGGUACGGGAGGAGUUGGUGUGAUGGUAAGAGAAAAGUUGUUGGAGCAGGUGUUGGAAGUGAGACGGAGAAGCAAUAGGGUAAUUGUGGUGGUGAUGGUGUUUGGAAAAGUAAUAGUGAGGGUGAUAUCAGGAUAUGCUCCGCAACAAAGUAGGAAGGAAGAGGAGAAGGAUAGGUUUUAUGAUGAUGUUUCUGACGAGAUUGGGCAAGCGGGGUUGAAUGAGUUUGUGGUGUUGUUGGGUGAUUUGAAUGGUCAUGUGGGGGCGGAUGCAGACGGAUAUGAAGGUGUACAUGGGGGAUGGGGAUAUGGUAUACGGAAUGAGGAAGGGCGUAGAGUGUCAGGCGAACAUAGAUCGAUGAUCGACUAUAUAUUGGUAAGGGCCAAACAUAGGAAGUAUGUGAAGAAUGUGAAGGCGAUACCUGGUAUGUUGCAGCAUAGUAUGGUUGUGAUGGAUGUGACAUCAAAAGAAAUGGGGAGGAGGAAGAAGGAUAACACUAUCCACAGUAUAAGACUAACUUACACAUUAUGUAUGCACGCGCAAGCACAGCAUCACACCAGCAUGGAGUAUGAUAAUCUCUGUUUCGGAGGAACAUUCGAACCAGUCUAUCGCAUAAUAACAGUGCAAGACUUCAGCCGACUAAACCAACUUGCUGACCAAUUUGACAACAGACCGUGUUUUUUGAGAUAA